AUGGGGACUUCCAAUGAGACCGGCAUACAGUGGUGCCUUCCUUCCUGGUUGCGAUUCGGCAAACAAACCGAGAAACUGGCCGACGCCAAGCCCAAACAUCCGAUGCUGGGGCAAAAGAUCCAUCCAAAUGGCCCUCCACCCUUCCUUCCCCUUUACGAAGAUCUUCACGACACACCUUUCAAGCCAAUCCGCAGACAAGAGGAACGAAGGGUUUUAGAGAGUGUUGAUGUCAUCAUGUCGCAAGUCCGCAAGGAGCUCGACAAACUCGAUCCAGGCACACUCGAUCUAAUCGCUGUCGAGCAUAACAUCCGCAGUUGCUGCACUGUGAGAGCAAGUUUCGCCUGCCGAACAAUAAGAUACGGCGAAGACGUGGAAAUGAACGAACAACUGAUAAUGAAGACGAGAGAGUAUAUCAAGGCGGUAGUGAGUGUAGUUCAUGGACCCAAGAACAAAAAGCUAAUUCGCCUUAUUAUGGAAAAAGCCGCCAUGGAGGCAGUUUACUAUCAGAAAGCCUUGAAGCCAUGCGAUAUCAAGCUGGGAACAUACUUUGAAGAGGACCCCUCUCAGUACCGGUAUAUCGGCCUUACGUAG